GAAGGCGAAAACAGACGCGUCCGAUCGGUUUCAUAUUGUCUCUCUCUUCCCUAUAAGAUCCCCGAUUCCCCACCUCCGCCAAAUCCGUCCACCAAAUCCCCAAAACCCUAUCAGCGAAAUCGACUCGAUCGAGAAAGUUCUUCGUCUCCCUCUCGCGGAAUACACAAAGCACCGGUUGAUCCCAAGCGGAAGAGCAGUGAUGGCGCAGUCCGGCAACAGCGACGCCGCCCCGAUCAGCACCCAGCCCGCGGCGGAGGAGGUGACGGUGGAGAGGACGCCCGAGGAGGAGGCGGCCAGGCUGAGGUACCUCGAGUUCGUGCAGCAGGCGGCGGCGCAGGCCGUCGUGCUUGCCGCCGCGGCCUACGCGUACGCCAAGCAGGGCGCCGGCCCGCUCCGCCCCGGCGUUGACCACGUCGAGGGGACCGUCAAGGCCGUCGUCGGCCCCGUCUACGACCGCUACCACGCCGUGCCGCUCGACCUCCUCAAGUUCCUCGACCGCAAGGUUGACGAGUCUGUCCAGGAGCUGGACCGCCGUGUCCCACCAGUCGUGAAGGAGGUGCCGACCUAUGCCCGCUCUGCAGCAGCUGAGGUGCAGAAGACAGGCAUAAUGGGCACAGCAACUGGACUGGCCAAGUCGGCCAUUGCUCGCGCUGAGCCUAAGGCCCGUGACUUGUAUACCCGCUAUGAGCCUGUGGCGGAGCGCAAGGCUGCCGAAGCCUGGGCCGCCCUGAACCGCCUCCCGCUCGUCCCCUUGGUGACCCGUGCCGUCCUCCCCACAGCUGCACAGCUCUCAGCCAAGUACAACUCUGCAGUGCUCGAUGGCGCUAAGCGUGGCAACUCCGUCGCCACCUACCUCCCGCUCGUCCCAACUGAGCGCAUUGCAAGGGUUUUCGCCAACCCGGCCGCCGACACUGCGCCUGCCACAGCUCCUGAGAUGCAGCCCAUCCCGACGCAGUAACAAUAAGAGCUACCCGGAGUUAUGUUACCUAUAAUAGCUGUUAGGAGUCAGUAUCUCGUUGUAGUGUCUUGUUUGGCUUGUGGUGGACAGUGGUAUUAUGUGUGGAUGGUCACUGUGGUAUCCGCCUGUGUGGAGGCGACUCUGAAUGCUGUUGCUGUGCAGCAUCACCUGCUUUGCGUUUUACUCCCUCCGUUCCUAAAUAUUUGUCUUUCUAGACAUUUCAAAUGACUACUACAUACGAAUGUAUGUAGACAUAUUUUAGAGUGUAGAUUCACUCAUUUUGCUCCGUAUGUAGUCACCUGUUGAAAUGCCUAGAAAGACAAGUAUUGACAAGUAUUUAUGAACGGAGUGAGUAGUUUGUUCUGCAUGAACCACUGUGUGUAAUGCUUUGAAUCAAAGUUACAUGAAGCACCAUCUGUAAAUUCAUAACUGUUUUUAUGCGAGUGUGUAUUGACUGUCAA